AAAAGACAAAAAAAUCAAAAUUAUGUUUCAAAAUAUACAAUAGAUAAUUACAGCAAUUUAUUAUUGGAUUCUUAUUUUUUUGUAUCAUAUAAAAAACAAUUAACUAAAAUGAUUAUAAAAAGGUUAGAAAAUAUUGAUGACUCGAUUAUUGAAGGUAAUGAAUCUUUAAAUCAAAUUGAUUUGGAAAAUCAUAAGGUUAGAUUGGAAAUGGAUGAAAUAAAUGAAACUAUUAAGAAUAAAUAUGAGGAAUAUAAAGAGUUGGAAAACUAUUUAUUAACAAGUGAUACAAAAUUAGAAAGAAUUGAGGAUGAAAACAAUAAACUAAUUGCAGAAGAAAAAUUUAUUGAAGAAAAAAUUGUUUUUUUCAAAGAAAAACUUGAUUCAUUUGAAAAUGAUAAAAAAAUUGAAAAAAGUAUACUUGAUAGCCAAGAAACUCAAAUAGAUAAUUUAACUAAAGCACUAAAUGAUUUAAAUAAGGAAGUAGAUAAUUUAGAUAACAAAAAUGAUAGCUUGAGGGAAAGUUAUAGAAUAACUUCAACAACUGCAGCCACAAAGACUAAAGAAUUGGAAAAACUUAAAAAUAUCAAUACUGAAUUGAAAAAAAUAGUUGAUAAUCAAGAGUAUCUGAAACAAUUAAAAUGUUUAAUAUCUCAAGAUGAAAAAACUAAUAAUAAUGUAAAUGUGGCUAAAUUAGAAAAGAAAAAAGAAUUCUUGGAGGGAUAUUUGGAAAAUUUACAAAAAAUAUAUCAGGAAAGAUUGGAACAGAUUAGUAAAAAUGCUACAGGUUCAGCUCAUUCAUAUAAUAGAAAAAAUAGUAGAGCUAGUACCCCAUAUGUAUAAUUAGUUUUUUUUGGUUUUUUUUUAAUGAUAGUCUGUAUUUUAGUUUGCAAUCACUUUUUUUUCACUACGAAUAAAAUAAAUCUUUUUAUAUUCUUUCAAAAUUUAUUAAAUUUCU